CACUGUGCAGGGACCAAGUUUUGUACAACCCACAGGCCACAGCCAAAUGAUAAGUAGUGAAAAUUAAUGUUGAUCAUGUCUAAUCUAUCCAAAGCAUGUCCUUUUAUAGCUGCCUGUACUGGACACUUGCCUAGCGCUGCAAACGAAAUUGUGUGAAUGCGCCCUUUCCAAGCUAGCCACUUGAAAACCUUGGCACUUCUUCUCCAUACAUGAUCCAGCCACCAGUUUGUAGGAUUCUAGACCAUACUGUAUGUAGUUGUCCAUUUGGUGAGAACAUAAAAGUUGGCAGUGUAGCAGGGUUCACCAUUUCAGUCAUCCCACUAACCCUCCAAAUAUUUAUAUUUAGGGCCACAAAAAGCAUGAUACUUGUUGUGGUUAGACUGAUAGACUCCCUCAAUAUCCGAAGUUUUGGCACAAUUUGAUGAAUCUCUAGAUAAGUAGAUAUAUUCAGACAAAAAGAACCAUGAACACCAGAGUUCCCGCCGCGGACCCUUGUUUGAUGAUUGCUAAAUUUUUGCAUGCCAAUUCUCCAUUGGCAGCUCUAGUUCAUUUUGCUAGUCAAUGUUGACCAACUUAUGGGCAAACAAUCCCUGAAAAAAGAAACCAAAAUACAGGUAAACUUGUGCACAAACCAAACACCCUAGGGCAACUUUUCAUCCUCUCAGAUUGUGCCGUCGCUUGCGAUCCAACGGUCCACGUGAUCUUUGAAUUUUCACCAAAUAAACAUCUCCACCGGGUAAGUUUGCCUUUUACCAAGGCUAUAUAUACCCAUGCCAUACAAGCAGCAAAAGGCAGUAGUGUGCGAACCGGUGUCGGCAUUUGCUGCUACUCACCUGGGUUCCAACACAAAAAUUGUUAGUAAUCCAAAGAACCAUUGAUCUGCAGACUCCAGACUGCAGAAAAUGGAGGGAGCACUUGUCACCUCCAACUUCAGCAUGGCUGACCUCUACCCCGCCAAAGCCAAUGCUGCCCAUGCUCCGAGAUCGAGGAGGCUCUCCUACAUCUCGCCUGCCGCGUCUUCUGCUGCUGCACCGAACCCCAGCUACAGAAGGAAGAAGAGCACGUCGCCUCCGCCGCCGUCGGCUGCCGCCACCGCCACCGUGCUCACCUCGCCGCCCAAGCCGGUCGAGCAACAAGAGACGGAAGAGCACCUGGUGGACAGGUCGGUAAACAAUGCGACCGGUACAAGGGUGGCUACCGCGAGAGCGAGCAGGGCGUCCGCUGCGCCGCGGCAGGCGCCUCGGUCGUCCAGGCCUCGCCGCCGGCCUUCCACCUCGCUGCAGGCGGCGUUCUGCAACGCGCUGGAGGAGGCGAUCAACACGUUCGUCGACCCGCCGGUGCUGCGGCCGUCGGUGGACCCGCGGCACGUGCUGUCCGCCAACUUCGCGCCCGUGGACGAGCUGCCGCCCACGCCCUGCCCCGUGGUGCGCGGCGUCAUCCCGCGCUGCCUCGCCGGCGGCGCCUACAUCCGCAACGGUCCCAACCCGCAGCACCUCCCGCGCGGGCCGCACCACCUCUUCGACGGCGACGGCAUGCUGCACUCCCUGCUCCUCCCGACGACGCCCGGCUCCGACCCCGUCCUUUGCUCCCGCUACGUGCAGACGUACAAGUACCUGGUGGAGCGCGACGCGGGCGAGCCGGUCUUGCCCAACGUCUUCUCCGGCUUCCAUGGCCUGGCCGGGAUGGCGCGCGGCGCCGUCACGGCGGCCAGGGUGCUCACAGGCCAGAUGAACCCGAUGGAGGGCGUGGGGCUCGCCAACACCAGCCUCGCCGUCUUCGGCGGCCGCCUCUACGCGCUCGGCGAGUCGGACCUCCCGUACGCCGUGCGCGUCGACCCGGCCACGGGCGAGGUGACCACGCUCGGCAGGUGCGACUUCGGUGGCCGCCUCAGCAUGGGCAUGACCGCGCACCCCAAGAAGGACCCCAUCACCGGCGAGCUCUUCGCGUUCCGCUACGGCCCCAUGCCGCCGUUCGUCACUUACUUCCGGUUCGACCCGGCAGGGAACAAGGGCGCCGACGUGCCCAUCUUCUCCGUGAAGCAGCCGUCUUUCCUGCACGACUUCGCCGUGACGGAGCAUUAUGCGAUAUUCCCCGAGAUACAGAUCGUGAUGAACCCCAUGGGCAUGGUGGUGGGCGGCGGCUCGCCCGUCGGGGCGGACCCCGGCAUGGUGCCUCGCCUGGGCGUGAUCCCCAAGUACGCCGCGGACGAGUCGGAGAUGCGGUGGUUCGAGGUGCCGGGGUUCAACAUGAUGCACUCGGUGAACGCGUGGGAGGAGGCCGGCGGCCAGGAGAUCGUGAUGGUGGCGCCCAACAUCCUGUCCAUCGAGCACACGCUGGAGCGCAUGGAGCUGAUCCACGCCUCAGUGGAGCUGGUGCGCAUCAACCUCCGCACCGGCAACGUCACCCGCACGCCGCUGGCGGCCGCGAACCUCGACUUCGGCGUGAUCAACCCGGCCUGCCUCGGCCGCCGCAACAGGUACGGCUACUUCGGCGUGGGCGACCCCAUGCCCAAGAUCGGCGGGGUGGCCAAGCUCGACUUCGACCGUGCAGGCCACGGCGACUGCACCGUGGCGCGCCGGGACUUCGGGCCGGGGUGCUUCGCCGGGGAGCCAUUCUUCGUCUCCGACGACGUCGAGGGGAACGGCGACGAGGACGACGGCUACGUGGUGUGCUACGUGCACGACGAGGGCACCGGCGACAACCGGUUCGUGGUGAUGGACGCACAGUCGCCCGACCUGGACAUCGUCGCCGAGGUGCAGCUUCCAUCCCGCGUCCCCUACGGCUUCCACGGCCUGUUCGUCAGGCAGGCCGAGCUCCGGUCACAGCACCAAUGAUCAUCAGAUUCAGAUACACCAGCACGUUCUAUGUAUAAUACUAGUAGAUCAACAGAAUGGUGCAUGGGUAGGCCAUGUAUAGGAUCCCAUGGCAUACACAUAGGAGAAAUAGGUCAUCUCAUGUGUAGCAUUUACAUGUUUACAAGAAAGAAACAUUUGUGAAA